UGCGCGGGGAAGGGUGUCUGUGUGGGAGAGGUGACCUGGAGCAGUGAAACUCCUGCAUCAGGACCCUCGCCUCUGACCUCUGUCAUGGCCCUGUCUCCCAGCUGGCUCACGCCAUCCAAUGCUCCUGGACUACACAGACUCCAACGCUCCCGACUAUGACAGAAGCCAGUGGCUGAGUGACAAAUUCAAGCUGGGCCUGGACUUCCCCAAUCUGCCCUACUUAAUUGACGGGGCUCACAAGCUGACCCAGAGCAACGCCAUCCUGCGCUACAUUGCUCGCAAGCACAACAUGUGUGGGGAGACAGAGGAAGAGAAGAUUCGAGUGGACAUUUUGGAGAACCAAGCUAUGGAUGUCCGUUUGCAGAUGGCCAGGAUCUGCUACAGCCCUGACUUUGAGAAACUGAAGCCUGGGUACUUGAAGGAGAUCCCUGAAAUCCUGAAGUGCUUCUCCGAGUUUCUGGGGAAGAGGCCUUGGUUUGCAGGGGACAAGCUCACCCAUGUGGAUUUCCUGGCUUACGAUGUCCUUGACCGGAACCGCAUAUUCGAUCCCAAGUGCCUGGAUGGAUUCCCAAACCUGAAAGACUUCCUCAGCCGCUUUGAGGGCCUGAAGAAGAUCGCUGCCUACAUGAGGUCCAGUCGCUUCCUCCCAGGUCCUUUGUUUCUGAAGGUGGCCAUGUGGGGCAACAAGUAGUGUCCUGCAGCCCGGAGAUGGACGGAGGACUGGGGCUCUGGAGAACAGGUGGCCUCCCUGCAGCCCAGGCCCCGUCCUUUGCCCUUCCAGUCAUUCUAGAUGCCCUAUUGGCCCCCUUUUCUCCCUCCUAGCCCCCUUUCCAUCCAUCCUUUAAACUUCAGCUCCCCACGUUUCUUCAACCUGUUCCCCCCAAGCCCCAUGUUUUCCCUCCUGCCCUAAAGCCAACCCUGCUAUGCUUCCAUGGUUGCUUCUGCUCGGAGGAGCCCAGCCAGACCCCUGGCCCAUGGAGCUCUGCUCUGAGCUCCCAGCACUGCCCCGAAGACCCGUCCUGGCCUGGUGUGCAGGCCCUGCUUCCCAGCGUGGUUCCUGCCCAGCCCUGUCUGGUCCUCAGUAAAGCCUCAAUCACA